CCGCUCGGCUCUGUUGGCGCUGUCUGUGUUUACCUCCCAGCCCAGCGCUGCUGUACUGUGGCCAGCUGGACACAAACCACCAUCCACAGCCUCAACUAGCCCGAAAAAUACUAAUGUAAGCUGCCUCGCGUUCAGUCCUUUGCGGAUUUCCUGCAGCAGCUGUGUGUGAGCGACACCGUAGCAAAGUUGUGAUGAAUAAGGAAAUCAUGUCACGCGUGGUGAAGAAGAGGCAGGCGGACCCUAAGGUGGUUCAGUAUGUGUGGGCGGCCAUCGAGGUCGUCCGCAACCAGAAACAGAUUGCAAACAUGGACAGGAUCUCCAAGUACCUGAGCCGUGUGUUUGGCAUGCACCCUAAGGAGACUGCCAGACAGCUGAGCUUGGCAGUGAAGGACGGCUUGGUGGUGGAGACCCUGACUGUUGGUUGCAAGGGCUCCAAGGCCGGCAUCGAGCAGGAAGGAUACUGGCUGCCCGGGGAUGAGAUGGAGCCGAAAGCCGAGGGAAGCAAGGAGUGGGAGGCAGAGAGCCACGACUGGUACUGCUUUGAGUGUCACCUACCGGGCGAUGUCCUUGCAUGUGACAACUGCUUCCGGGUUUACCACCUCAAAUGUCUGUCAGAGGACUUCAAGCCCAGAGAUGGAGGGUCCCACUGGCAGUGUGUCGUCUGCAGGGGCAGUAAAAAGAAGAACCUGAACAAACAGGAGAUGAGUAAAUACCUGCGCUUCAUCGUGCAGCGUAUGAAGGAGAGGGCAGUGGACCUGAACAAGAAAGGGAAAGAUACUAAACAUCCCAUGUACAAACGACUGAUCCACACUGCGCUGGAAGUCUCAGACAUCCAGGAGAACCUGUCUGAAGGAAAGUAUAAAAGCUUCGAGGAGUUCAAAGCAGAUGCUCAGCUCAUUGUUCACAACACUGCCAUCUUGUAUGGAGUUAACAGCGACCAGGCGGAGAUCGCACGGCUGCUCUUCAGCGACACAUGCCACGAGUUGAAUGAGUUGUUGUUGUGCAAGAACUGCUUCUAUCUGUCGAACGCCCGGCCAGACAACUGGUUUUGUUAUCCCUGUAGCCCCAGCCAUGACUUAGUGUGGGCCAAGAUGAAAGGAUUUGGCUACUGGCCGGCCAAAGUCCUUCAGAGGGAGGAAAACCAGGUGGACGUACGCUUCUUUGGCCACCAGCACCAGAGAGCGUGGAUCCCCUCAGACAACAUACAAGACAUCAAAGUGAGUGUCCAGCAGCUGCAAGUGAAGCGCAGCAAUGGCUGGAAGAAGGCCUGUGAGGAGCUGGAGGUCUACCAGCGCUUCCUGAGGGAGGGCCGUUACUGGAAAACAAAGCUGGAGGAGGGCAACAUGCCGUCACACCAGCAAAUGCAGCAGAGCCAGAGCCAGAGCCAGAGCCAGACCCAGACCCAGAGCCAGCGGCAGCAGCAGCAGCAGCAGCAGCAGGAAGGCAGUGGGAGAACGGACAGGCUGGAGCGGACGGACGAAGCAGAGUCCAGCAUCUCCUCCACCAGCAACGAGCAGGUCCGACAUCUCAAAGGCAGCCUCGAACCCAAGGCCAAGAAAAGCCGUCGAUCUCAAAUGGUCGAGCCCAAAGAAGAAGCCAGUUCUGUGACUCCAUGCUCGUCUCUCCAUCAGGACCCAGAGCCAGAGAUGGAGGCGGUCAGCUCCAGUCAGGAGAUCCCAGUGUCCUCGGCGCCCCAGCAGCCCGAGAAACUAUCGGUGUCCACGCAAACUAAGAAGGCCAGCGGAGGGUCACCGCGCACGCUGCACCGCGGCACUCAGACCAACAGUGACGGCGCCUGCCAGAACAUGUGCCACGAGAAGUAUACCAAGGUCUUCAACGACGUCAAGGAGAUGAUGAAGGCUGACAACAAGAGGGAGACAGAGAGGGUCGUCAGAGAGGCUCUGGAGAAGCUCCGUGCAGAGAUGGAGGAGGAGAAGCGUCAGGCAGUGAGUAAGGCAGUGGCAGGAGCUCAGGCGGAGAUGGAGAGGAAGUGUAAACAAGUGAAGGAGAAGUGUAAAGAGGAGUUGGUGGAGGAGGUGAAGAAGGUGGUGGCCCAACACAAACAGCUCAUCUCCCAGACCAAGAAGAAGCAGUGGUGUUAUAACUGUGAGGAGGAGGCCAUGUAUCACUGCUGCUGGAACACCUCAUACUGCUCCAUCAAGUGUCAGCAGGAGCACUGGCACGCCGACCACAAACGCACCUGCCGCAGGAAGAGAUGAACAAGACCCGCCCCCUUCUGACCUUACACAGCACGCCAUUGGCUCUUGCCCUCUCCUCUUGUCAGUCAGUGUCUACAACACACACACCUAAUAGACACAAACACACACACACACACACACACACAUACACACACACUUCCUGCUUCUCUACUUGCCUUCCUGAAAACUUUGUGGACCCGAUGUUUUCUGUGUGAAAAGAGCAAUUUGUUCCCUUUUUUGUUUUCAUUUUGUUUCUAUUAUUUAAUGUACCCAUUCUAUUGAUUUUUCUUUCUAUAUUUUAUGUUUUUUCCUCUAAAUCGUGAACAGAUUGCUCGAGAGCAUGGCUCGAAUGCAGAAUUAUGGUAUGAUUUUUGUGUUCUUUUUUU